GGGGGCGCAGAGCAGCGGGGCCCGCCUGGAGGCGCCGCCAGCCCGGUCAGCGCGGACGACGCUCGGUGGACGCGGACGCACGGCUGCCGGCCCCUCCCAGCCCGCGCGCGGGCGCCCACUCGCCGGCGCGGGCCCGGGAGCGAUGACAUCGACGGGGAAGGACGGCGGCGGGGCGCAGCACGCGCAGUAUGUAGGGCCCUACCGGCUGGAGAAGACGCUGGGCAAGGGGCAGACAGGCCUAGUGAAGCUGGGCAUCCACUGCGUCACCUGUCAGAAAGUUGCCAUUAAGAUCGUCAAUCGUGAGAAGCUCAGUGAGUCCGUGCUGAUGAAGGUGGAACGGGAGAUUGCCAUCCUGAAGCUCAUCGAGCACCCGCACGUCCUGAAGCUGCAUGACGUCUAUGAGAACAAAAAAUAUUUGUACCUGGUGCUGGAGCACGUAUCUGGGGGGGAGCUGUUCGAUUACCUGGUGAAGAAGGGGCGGCUGACGCCCAAGGAGGCCCGGAAGUUCUUCCGGCAGAUCAUCUCAGCGCUGGACUUCUGCCACAGCCACUCCAUCUGCCACAGGGACUUGAAGCCUGAGAACCUGCUGCUGGAUGAGAAGAACAACAUCCGUAUUGCGGACUUUGGCAUGGCGUCCCUGCAGGUCGGCGACAGCCUGCUGGAGACCAGCUGCGGAUCCCCACACUACGCGUGCCCGGAAGUGAUCCGGGGGGAGAAGUAUGACGGCCGCAAGGCAGACGUGUGGAGCUGCGGGGUGAUCCUGUUUGCUCUGCUGGUGGGGGCGCUGCCCUUUGACGACGACAACCUGCGGCAGCUGCUGGAAAAGGUCAAGCGAGGUGUGUUCCACAUGCCACACUUCAUCCCGCCUGACUGCCAGAGCCUGCUGCGCGGCAUGAUCGAGGUGGAUGCGGCCCGGCGCCUCACGCUAGAGCACAUUCAGAAACACAUCUGGUAUAUAGGGGGCAAGAAUGAGCCAGAGCCAGAGCAGCCCAUCCCACGCAAGGUGCAGAUCCGUUCGCUGCCCAGUCUAGAGGACAUUGAUCCCGACGUGCUGGACAGCAUGCACUCACUGGGCUGUUUCCGGGACCGCAACAAGCUACUCCAGGACCUGCUGUCUGAGGAGGAGAACCAGGAGAAGAUGAUCUACUUCCUCCUCUUGGACCGGAAAGAAAGGUAUCCCAGCCACGAGGAUGAGGACCUGCCGCCCAGGAACGAGAUAGACCCUCCCCGGAAGCGUGUGGACUCCCCGAUGCUGAACCGGCAUGGCAAGCGUCGGCCCGAGCGCAAGUCCAUGGAGGUGCUCAGCGUGACUGACGGUGGCUCCCCAGUGCCUGCGCGGCGAGCCAUUGAGAUGGCGCAGCACGGCCAGAGUAAAGCAAUGUUCAGUAAAAGCCUGGAUAUCGCUGAAGCCCAUCCCCAAUUCAGCACGGGAGACAGGUCUCGGUCCAUCAGUGGUGCCUCCUCAGGCCUCUCCACGAGCCCCCUCAGCAGCCCCCGGGUGACCCCUCACCCCUCACCGAGGGGCAGUCCCCUCCCCACCCCCAAGGGGACGCCUGUCCACACGCCAAAGGAGAGUCCGGCUGGCACGCCCAACCCCACACCACCGUCCAGCCCCAGCGUUGGAGGGGUGCCCUGGCGGACACGGCUCAACUCCAUCAAGAACAGCUUCCUGGGCUCGCCACGCUUCCACCGCCGGAAACUGCAAGUUCCGACACCCGAGGAGAUGUCCAACCUGACCCCGGAGUCCUCCCCAGAGCUGGCCAAGAAGUCUUGGUUCGGGAACUUUAUCAACCUGGAGAAGGAGGAGCAGAUCUUUGUGGUCAUCAAAGACAAACCCCUGAGCUCCAUCAAGGCUGACAUUGUGCACGCCUUCCUGUCGAUCCCCAGCCUCAGCCACAGUGUCAUCUCACAGACCAGCUUCCGGGCCGAGUACAAGGCCACAGGUGGCCCAGCUGUGUUCCAAAAGCCCGUCAGGUUCCAGGUGGACAUCACGUACACGGAGGGCGGCGAGGCGCAGAAGGAGAAUGGCAUCUACUCCGUCACCUUCACCCUGCUCUCAGGCCCCAGUCGCCGCUUCAAGAGGGUGGCGGAGACCAUCCAGGCCCAGCUGCUGAGCUCGCACGACCAGCCGGCAGCCCAGCACUUGUCAGACACCACUAACUGUAUGGAAAUGAUGACGGGGCGGCUUUCCAAAUGUGGCAGCCCAUUGAGUAACUUCUUUGACGUAAUUAAACAACUUUUUUCAGACGAGAAGAGUGGGCAGGCGGCCCAGGCCCCCAGCACCCCCGCCAAGUGGAGUGCCCACGGCCCCCUCGGUGACUCUGCGGCCACUAGCCUUCAAGGGGACGCCGAGUUCCCCAUGGGCAAGGACUCGGCCCUGGCAGCCGCCGCAGCCAGCAGCCUUAGACACUAGCCUGGCCCGGCCCGCCCAAGUGGAAGAGAGGAGAGGAGAGAGAGGAGAGGACAGGAGAGGACAGGAGAGGCCAGGAGAGGACAGGAGAGGAGAGGAGCACGGCCAGGCCUGCGGGCCGGGCUGCUGCGCACUCUCACUCUUUCAUGGUCUCUGUCUCUGCCUGUCUCUGACAGCAUCGCUUGUUUCCGCUCUGAUACCAGGAAUUAUCCCGAAAAGUUAACAUGUCACCUCCACGAGGCCAACCUCUGUGCUCCGGCGGACACUGGCGGACGAAGGCAGCUGCUGCGGACCUGCCCUCCCUCCUGUCACUGCCUCUGCCUGCCCGUAGCAGCAGGCGCAGCUGCAUGGCAGGGCCUGGCCCCCAGGGAUGCCUCCUCUAGCCCUGCUGCCCAGAUUGCCAGUGGGCAGGCUCUCCACGGGGACCACCUGCUGCCACCCACCAGGUGGGGCCCAUGUGGGCGAAGCCACAGCAGGGCGCGUCCCCUGCCUCCAUGCUGCACAGGGAGGCCUCGUGGCCACCUCACCGCCUCUGCACCUCACUGAGGCCACCUCCUGUGUCUGCAUCCAUCUCCACAGCUGCAUCGGGCUGCAGGCGCUCCUGGCUUUGCUGGCCCUCGUGACAGAGGGCGACGGACCUGGGCAGCAGAGCCACCAGGCUGGCCAGGCAGGGGCUGGGCUGACAUCAGUAUUAUUUAUUUGCUGUUUUAAUUUAUUGAGUUCCUUUAUGUCUCUGUUCUCUGUUCAGGGAAGGGACAGCAGGACCACCCUCCUGCCGUCCAUCUGUCUGUUCAUUUGUCUGUCUCAGGCAGGGUGGGUCCAGAGCUGGAGGUCCUGAGGACAGAGCCGUCGGGGGGCUGGGGCCAAAGGGGCCAGCUGUGGGUGCAGCACUGGCAAGCUACUGUAAACUUCAAAGAAUUCCUGCAAGAUAUUUUUAUAAACUUU